AUGACUCACAUCCUUCGCGUGGCCCAUGCACUGCGUUCGGUCAGAAUCGUGCGCUUCUUUCGGUACCGUACGCCGUUGAAGGCGUUGGUGCUUUCUAUCUUCAGCACCGUCAUGCCACUCAUUUGGACACUUGUGCUCCUGCUGAUCCUGCUCUACAGCUUUAGUAUUGUGCUGACACAGCUGGUGGUAGAUGACUGCAGACACAGGACUGUUGAGGCGACGGGGGAUCCGAAUGCGAUCCCUAUUUGUGCGGAGCACUUGCAACGCCAUUGGUCUACCGUCCCAGAGAGCAUGAACAGCCUUUUCAUGGGCAUCACAGGCGGCAUUGAGUGGGACGAGCUGAUGAGACCUUUGCGGGAUGUCAGUGUCGCUGCUGUCUGCUCGCUUUAUGUCUUCAUCCUGAUCGCAGUGUUCGCCGUGUUGAACGUAUUAACUGCUCACUUCUGUAACACUGCAAUCGAGACUGCCAGCGCAGAUCAAGAUGUGGCCGUCGUCAGGCAUUUGCACGAGCGGCAUCAGAUUGUCGCGAAGUUCCGGAAGCUCUUUGCGGACAUCGGCGGAUCGGAGCGCGUCACGCUGAAUGAGCUGCAGACUGCAGCAGCGGGAGGCUCAGAGAUCAAAGUCGCCCUGGAGUCCUUGGGCAUUUCCACUGACAACGUCUCGCUGCUCUUUCGGCUGAUCGACAGAGAUCACAACGACACCCUGGAUUUGGAAGAGUUUGUGGUUGGCUGCAUGCAGCUGCGGGGCAAUGCCAAAGGCUUGCAACUGGCGAAGAUGGACCUGGACAACAGAAUCAUGAGGCAUCGUGUGAAAGAUCUGCGGGAUGACGUAGCCUCCGUGAGGAAAUCCGUGCAGAGCCUGGAGAGGUCGUUCCACACCCGCUUCGGCUGA